AUUCAAACCGGCACGCUGCAGUGUCAGUGUGUGUGAGCAAGGGUGUGUUAGCUGUUCUGUUGACGGUAUAGUGUGUUAGCUGUUCUGUUGACGGUAUAGUGUGUUAGCUGUUCUGUUGACGGUACAGUGUGUUAGCUGUUCUGUUAACGGUACAGUGUGCUAGCUGUUCUGUUGACGGUAUAGUGUGUUAGCUGUUCUGUUGACGGUACAGUGUGUUAGCUGUUCUGUUAACGGUACAGUGUGCUAGCUGUUCUGUUGACGGUAUAGUGUGUUAGCUGUUCUGUUGACGGUACAGUGUGUUAGCUGUUCUGUUGACGGUAUAGUGUGUUAGCUGUUCUGUUGACGGUAUAGUGUGUUAGCUGUUCUGUUGACGGUAUAGUGUGUUAGCUGUUCUGUUGACGGUACAGUGUGUUAGCUGUUCUGUUGACGGUUCAGUGCUGGAGCGCUGGUGUAGUGUGUUCGUCGCUGGUCUUCUUCUAUCAAAAUUUCUGUGGAUUGUAAUUGGAGGAAUACUGUUUGGGCUGGACCUAUUGGACUGUGUGUGUGUGUUCGGACCUGGCAUACACACGUGUGUGUGUGUGUGUAUGAACGAUCUAUAUUGUGACUGAACAACACGUGUGUAUGAACGAUCUAUAGUGUGACUGAACAACACACGUGCAGACGGUAAUUGUUAGGAGGGUGUGGAUUACCCGUGUCUGGGCAGUGUGUGUGGAUGUCUGUGGCAGUGGAAUCAGGAAUGGACAGCACACUUCAGAGGAGAGGAGAGAGCCCCCCUGCAAUGGACUUCACGAACGGCGAGGCCCGACUGGGCCCUCCCAUCAUCAUGUGUACCCGUCCAUACCCAGACUGCAGUGUGGAGCAGGGGGAGUGUUGUGACAUGGACAGCACCAAUGAGAGCGGUGUGGGCUCUGACACCUCUGACGGGGGGCGGAGCAAUGAGAAGGAGGAGGGGCUAGGUGGACUGUUCAACAAUUCUGGCCAGCUGAUUGGCUCUGCUUCUGCGUCCGUCUUCUCGGGGGAGGAACAGUUUGAGGACUACGGAGAGGGGGAGGACGUGGACUACACUCCCAGCAGCCCUUGCCCCGACGAUGACGCUCGCACCAACGGCUUCUCAGACCUCGGCUCCUCCCUGCCCUCCAGUGCUGGUCAGACCCCUCUGAAGAUGUGUCACCUGUACAACAGUGAUGUGUUGGAUGUCUAUUGUUCUCAGUGCUAUAAGAAGGUUAACCUGCUCAACGACCUGGAGGCCAGGCUCAACAACCUCAGAGCCAACAGCCCCAACAGAAAGAUAUCCAGCACUGCCUUUGGACGUCAGUUGUUCCAACACAACCACAGUGCUUUUAGCAGCAGUCAGGGAAGCACAGAGGACCUGUUCAGAGACUCCAUCGACUCUUGUGAUGUGGACAUUACUGAGAAGGUGAGUUACCUGGAGAAGAAGGUGACCGAGCUGGAGAAUGACAGUCUGGCUAAUGGAGACCUCAAGUGUAAACUCAAACAGGGCAACACACAGCUAGUACACAGGGUUCAUGAGCUGGAGGAGCAGCUGAAGGAUCAGGAGAGCAGAGCAGAUCAGACCCUGGAGGAAGAGACACAUAGACACAGAGAGACCUACUGCAAGAUGGAGAGAGACAAGAACACGGACAUAGAGCUGCUCAGUAACAGAGUUCAGCAGCUGGAGGAGGAGAAUGGGGAGAUGAAACUAAACGUGUGUAAACUGAAGUCUCAGACUGAGAAACUAGACCAGGAGAAGCAGCGUAUGACAGACCGGUUAGAGGACACCAGUCUGAGGCUGAAGGAUGAGAUGGACCUCUACAGGAAGAUGAUGGACAAGCUGUGGCAGAACAGACAUGAAUUCCAGAAGGAGAGAGAGGCCAUGCAAGAGUUGAUAGAGGACCUGCGUCGGGAGUUGGAGCACCUGCAGCUGUUUAAGCUGGGUUCAGAGGCGGGGCAGGGGGCGGGGCUAUCAGAAUACAACGCCAAGACACGGGAAAUAGAGAUGGAGCAUGAGGUCAAGAGACUCAAACAGGAGAACUUUAAGCUGCGGGACCAGAACGAUGACCUGAACAGUCAGAUCCUCAGUCUGAGUCUGUAUGAAGCUAAGAACCUGUUUGCCUGCCACACCAAGGCCCAGUCACUGGCUGCUGAGAUCGACAACGCUUCUAGGGACGAGUUGGUGGAUGCUCUGAAGGAACAGGAGUGUGUUAACCUACGUCUGAGACAGUAUAUGGAUAAAAUCAUCUUGGCCAUUCUGGACCACAACCCCUCUAUCCUGGAGAUCAAGAGUAACAGUUAAACACACACACACACACACACACACACUCACACACACACACACACACACACACACACACACACACACACACACACACACACACACACACACACACACACACACACACACACACACAC